UAACUCCAAUGGCAUUUAUUAUUUGAUUCAAAGCACACUUUUGAUCUUGUCUUCUACCUUUUCCACUGACUCUCAAUACUACCUGUCAAGACUAUUGUGAAAUUCCCCCAUCGGACCCAACAUGGCAGCGACAACACCCCGCACAUUAGAAGGCAAAGUGGCCAUAGUCACUGGCGGCUCACGAGGCAUCGGCUCUGCCAUUGCCUUCACUCUCGCCAGCCACGGCGCCAAAGUGGCCAUCACAUAUACCAGCGACCGCUCCAGCGAACCCACCAAGGCCCUGGUAGAGCGCAUCUCAUCCGAAGCGAAAAGCAGGGCCAUCAGCAUCCAAUGCGACCUCAAAGACCCCAAAUCCCCGCAGAAAAUCGUCGACGAGACGGUCAAGGAGUUCGGGCACAUCGAUAUCCUGGUGAACAACGCCGCCGUCUUCUCCACCACCUUCCUCCCGGACAUCACCCUACAGCUCUUCGAGGACCUCUUCCACACCAAUGUCCGUGCGCCUAUGCUGCUCAGCCAGGCGGUGCUGCCCCACCUCCGCCGCCCGGGACGCAUCAUCAACAUCAGCAGCAUUGGCGCCAGGGAGGGCCAUCCCGGCUCAGGUACCUAUGCCGCGACUAAGGGCGCAUUGGAGGCUUACACUCGCACCUGGGCUGCAGAACUAGGCAAGGACGAGACGACGGUGAAUUGCGUCAACCCCGGGCCGGUGGAGAGUGAGAUGUUGGAUUCAGUCAGUGAGGAGGUCAAGGGGCCGCAAUUCCUUGCCACGCCGGUAGGGAAGCGCGCGGGCAAGCCGGAGGAGAUUGCGAAUGUCGUUGCCUUUUUGGCGGAGGAGAGGAGCAGCUGGAUUAGUGGGCAGUGCAUCAGUGCCAGCGGUGGCUAUGCGCAGUAUUGAUUUGGUGUCAGCCUUGCCGAACUCGAGUCACGUGCGCGAGGAUAUCUUGACCCGGCCCGGGAACUUUCUGGAACAAGAUAGAACAUAUCUGUAUUGAUAGAUUAGAGCACAUCUCUAAGAAUAGAAUAGAUAUUGUGAAGCAAAG